AUGGCUUCGGUCAAUGCCAGAGAAAGGAAAGGAAACAAAAGAGGAGACGGGAAGAGGAGGCAACGGUGGCCAAAGAGGAAAGGAGACCGCAAGGAAGAAAUUGCGAAUCUCCCAAAAUCUAUGUUGACAAAACAUUCGCCGGUUCAUUUGUCGUUUGCCGUCAUGGUGCUAAUACCCGGGUCCAGGCUCUAUUUUACACGUGUAAAAUUGGGAAACCCUGCGAAGGAAUACUUUGUCCAAAUUGACACUGGCAGUGAUAUCUUGUGGGUUGCUUGCAGCCCUUGCACAGGUUGCCCAACAUCAAGUGGGCUCAAUAUCCAAUUGGAAUUCUUCAACCCUGAUUCUUCGUCAACAUCAUCCAGGAUACCAUGCUCAGAUGAUCGGUGUACAGCUGCCCUCCAGACAGGGGAAGCACUCUGCCAACCCUCGGACUCCCCAAGCAGCCCAUGCGGUUACACUUUCACGUAUGGCGAUGGAAGUGGCACGUCAGGAUACUAUGUGUCUGACACUAUGUAUUUCGACACUGUCAUGGGGAAUGAGCAGACUGCCAAUUCUUCUGCUUCCGUCGUUUUUGGGUACAAUUCCCUAGACUCCUAUACCUUUUUGAAUCCCCUAUUAGAUAAUGAAAACUUACCAUUUAUAAUUGAUGAUCAUUUACUUAAGAUACGUGAUAACAUUAGAAACAUGGCUAGAGUUGUGCAACAACUGUGUCAGGCCAGGCCUCGUGCGGUGGUGAAGUACUCUCCACUUGUGCCAAGAGGUCCUGGGUUCGAUGCGGCCUCUCUGCAUUGCACUGUGCAGGGAUGUAGCAACUCACAGUCAGGUGACCUGAUGAAGACAGAUAGGGCAGUUGAUGGAAUUUUUGGGUUUGGACAGCAUGAGCUGUCUGUCAUUUCACAACUGUACUCUCUUGGUGUAUCCCCUAAAACAUUCUCCCAUUGCCUGAAAGGUUCAGAUAAUGGUGGUGGUAUUCUUGUCCUUGGUGAAAUCGUCGAACCAGGAUUAGUAUUUACUCCACUUGUUCCAUCACAGCCUCAUUAUAACUUGAUUCUGGAAAGCAUUGCUGUUAGUGGUCAAAAGCUACCCAUUGAUACUUCCUUGUUUGCAACAUCAAAUACACAAGGAACAAUUGUGGAUUCAGGAACGACAUUAGUAUACCUUGUCGAUGGUGCCUAUGAUCCAUUUAUUAGCGCGAUAGCUGCUGCAGUCUCUCCAUCUGUACGCUCUGUUGUCAGCAAGGGGACACAAUGUUUUAUUACAAGCGGCAGUGUUGAUUCGUCAUUUCCUACGGCAACACUGUAUUUUAAAGGUGGCGCUGCAAUGACAGUGAAGCCAGAGAACUAUCUUCUGCAGCAGGGUACCAGUGACAAUACUGUAUUGUGGUGCAUUGGCUGGCAAAGAAGCCAGGGAAUCACUAUACUUGGAGAUCUUGUUUUGAAGGAUAAGAUAUUCGUGUAUGACUUGGGAAACAUGCGCAUGGGCUGGGCGGACUAUGACUGUUCGUUGUCGGUCAAUGUCACCUCUUCGUCGGGGAAGAACCAGUACGUGAACACGGGGCAGUUCGACGUGAACGGGUCACCACGACACUACAGCGGCCUGGUGCCUACCGGUGUCGCCGUCGCCCUUGUGCAUAUGCUCAUUUUUGGCGCCCUAUUUAGUAGAUAG